UCUUAGAUCGUUUGGUUCAAUGAUUAUAGCGUUACAUUUUUUUAAAGGUGCGUAACUUACAACCUCGUCAAUUUUCUCUUGCCUCCCCUAGGAUUGAGGCUCCCACCAAAAAGAGGUUACCCGCUCAAAAAUGUGUGUGGAAUAUCUACAAUGACAUACAUCCUUUUGUUAAAUUUUGUAUAAACCAAAUUAUAUUUACGCAAAAAUAGUUAAAUAUUUAAAUUUCAUCGGACUCAAAAAUUUGAAAUUUAUUUCCUCUUACAAAAUUGUUCAUUGUAGCUUUGUUGGUCUAUAGAUAUUUCAAUAUGAAGUUGUCUCAGAAAAGGCUUUAAGAAAAAGAGAAGUUGCAUUUUGAUCAAACUUGCUCAACAGUUUCAAGAUUUAACCCCAAACCAGAAUUUACAAUUUAGUCAUUCAACCUCUCAGUCAUUACAUUCUCCAUACCUUUGGCUUUGGCUUUGGCGUCCGGAAGUUUCUUCCCUUUUCUUCUCCAUGUUCUCCAGCCAGUUAUGACGGCCUCCCUCCUGUCCUCUACCUUCCGUCCACUCCCCUCCUCCAGUUACGACGGCGACGGAGACAGUUACCAGCGGUAGCCUUGGUUCCCUCUCGCGGCGAGAUUUAAACGUCUGAGGCCGGCGGUGGAGAACCUGUUCGUUCCCUUCUCAGCAUAAACGGCGUCCGCGACCUCCAUUUUGAGCCAUUUUCUUCCGUAAAAUUUAUCUCUUAGUCACAGUAGCUGCUCAGCCAUAGUUUCCUCUUCCAGAAGGCUCGUUUGACAUCCUUUUGUUCUUCGGUACGAUGAACUUCUCUUUCGAAAAGCUUCUCAUUACGACAAGGGUUUACGGGGCUUUGUAAUAUAGUCUGGGCAUAGGGUAGAAUGAAUGACAGUUGCGGCAACUUGAUGAAUUGGGUUAUCCUAUUUUAUUCUUUCUGUUUGCUUGUCAGACUCUAGGAACCAAUUAGGAUUAGUGAAUCAAAGCUAGUAUAAGUUAGCGUCGUACUCCUUCAACUACUUGGGUUCUUUUGUUUCCAACCAGAUCCAUUGACAAUUAAAGUAACUGCAGGAAACAGACUCCUUAGCAGUUGUGUCAUGGCUGAAGCUGGGUAUUGGUAUGUUCUUGGUGCUGAUCAACAGCAACUCGGACCUUAAACAACGUCUGAACUGCAACGUAAGUGUCCUUCUUCUCUCUUUCUUCCUUAUUUGUUUCCCAGGUUACUAGAAGUUUCACAGCUUAGGAUUACUCUUCACGUGAAAGCCCCGCCCUUACUGCGAAGUAAUAAGCAUUUGAAACCUUUGAAGUUUCUGGAUACUAUUUUCCCCUCGGAUGUGUUCUGGUAUCAUUGUUUUAUUAUUCAUCUUGGAUCCUUAGAAGGACCCAAAUUUUGCUUGGUUUCUCCUUCUGCGACCAUUAUUUUUUACCUCCAAAUUUGUCUCCUGCAAUGUCAGUUCAACCAGCUGUCAAAAGCAAGGGUUACGGACAUCUGUUAUCUCUGUUUGCUGGUUCAAUUGGUCUAAAAUGAUGAACCGUCUACUUUCCUUUCGUUACUCUGCAUCCACAGAGCAUUUCUUAAGUGGAUUCCUCCUAGAAAGUACACUUGUAUGGUCUGAAGGAAGAAGCGAGUGGCAGUCCUUAUCCUCGGUUCCUGAGUUGAUGUCAUCAAUUUCUCAGCGAGCAACCGCCAAUGGUGCCAGUAUAGGGGAGACACAGGAUGAUGUCCCAGCGGUACAAUCAGUGUUGGAGCCUCUAGGUUUUAAAGAUGUAAAUCAUGGCAACACGGAGCAGCAAGGUCCCCUUUCAACUGCAGUCCUUGCUCAUGUUGAUGAGGAUGAGUUCGAGAAAUGGAAAAGGGAGGUCACUGAGGCCGAGGCAGAGGCAGAACAGUUGAUAAACGGAUCUGAACCAAGCACAGUUGGGACUGAUCAUGAUGCAGUUGUAUCAUCACCUCCAGAGGGUGAACAAGAAUUCACAGAUGAUGAUGGGACAGCAUACAAGUGGGAUACAAGUCUCAGGGUGUGGGUUCCCCAGGAGAAUAUAACAGGCAUAAGUGAGCAAUAUGAGCCAAAAGAUAUGACUUUCGCAAAGGAAGAUGAAGUCUUUCCGACUCUGAAUGUUGAUGAUGCAUUGCUAGGGGGAGCGACAAGGGAUGUUGACGAGACAUUGGAACCAAACCAUAAUGGAAAAAGGAAAUUGCCAGAAAAACAAACAGAUGUGAAGGAUAAGCUGUCUGACAAGAAGGAACCCAAUAAACCACCUGAUAGUUGGUUCGAAUUGAAAGUCAAUACGCAUGUUUACGUUACUGGGUUGCCUGAUGAUGUUACUGCUGAAGAAGUAAUGUUCACUAUUUUGGUGAAAGAAACUAAUUUGAUGAAAGAAACUAAUUUGAUGAAUGUUACAUUAGGUGGCUGAGGUAUUUACCAAGUGUGGGAUAAUCAAGGAGGUAAUAUCAAUUCCUCUCCUGAUUGUUCUUAGUAUUUUUUGUUUCUAAGGAAAAGAAAUAAAUUAUAUAUGUGUGCGCAAUAACAGAUUUAGCUGUCUUUUUUAUUGCUAUGGUAACCUAUAUUUCUAUAGCCUGGAGUUAGCCUCUAGAUGUCUAUUUUUUGUGUGUUACAAGCUAAGAAACAUUGAGUGUAGAUUUUCCUUACAGUUGGAAAUUCGUUGAGAUUAACAGAUUGGAUAUAUGAAUUCUGCAGGACCCGGAGACAAAGAAGCCUCGUAUAAAGAUCUAAUUCGAUAAAGAGACAGGAAGAGUAAAAGGAGAUGCAUUAGUCACAUUCUUAAAGGCAAUCUCAUUGCUCUUCAACUUGGUUUCUGUACUUGGGAGGUGAAAGUAUUAUGCUUCACUUUAUUUUGUUGUCUUGGCUGAAUAUUUUUGCCUAUUAUUUUAGGAACCUUCGGUUGACCUUGCUAUUCAAAUAUUAGAUGGAACACCUUUGCGUCCCACUGACACGACCCCUAUGUCUGUCAGCAAAGCAAAGUUUCAGCAGAAGGGUAACAAUUAAAUUUAUUUUAUACUCGAUCAUAAAUUUUGGGUAAGCUAAGCUAGUAAUGUCUCUGUUACUCAUUUAGUUAUGAUUGAGUAGCUAUUUUAAGGCUAAUUUGUUGUGGGUAUUCUGAAUGACUGAUCGGUGUUGUUCCCACAAAAUUCAGGGGAUAAAUUUAUAUCCAAAAAGACAGAUGGAAACAAGAAGAAGAAAUUAAAGAAGGUAGAGGACAAGAUGCUUGGAUGGGGUGGGUGCUACUUUCUCCAUUUCUCUGCUGUUUUCAGUUGCUCAUCUAUGCUCCUCUUUUAUGUUUUCAUGAGGUGUAUUUCAUCUAUUGCAAUGAUUUGAUCACUUAUUAGCGACAUGUUACCAAUUAACACUCUGAUGAUGGAAAAAAAAUUGCAUCUCAUGACUUCUAUUUGCUAUUUUUCACCAUUCUUAAGUAGUAUCACAUUAGUUGACGUGAAUAGAUAAGCCGGCUAUUAUCACAUGUUCGAUGUUAAAUUGUUGCCAUUUCUUCUGCUCACCGUUACUGAGUACACUUCGUUAUUUGUUGGAGAUAUAUGAUGUGAUGUUUCAGUAGCUGAUAUAUGUUCCAUUUUCUAUAUAAAGGUGGACGUGAUGAUGCCAAGAUCUCCAUUCCGUCUACAGUUGUUUUGCGGUACAUGUUUGCUCCUGCUGAGACGAGGGUAGGUAUAGAACCUUGAACUACUGAUCAGCGUUCUCUUAUUAUUAUUAUUUUUGUCGUGAUUUUCAUGUUCAAUAGAUGACAUGGUCAUGAAGAUAUUGUUCAUGACCAUUUUGUGACAUAAACAGAACAACCAUUUAACUGUCUUUUUUUAUUUUAUUUUGUAGCCUGAUGAAAAUCUGUGUUCUGAGCUAGAAGAGGAUGUUAAAGAGGAAUGCCUAAAGCUAGGUCCGAUUGAUUUUGUCAAGGUAAUUGAAAUGUUUAAGGAUUCUUUUUGUCCUUCUGGUGCUGGUCCAUUUUGUCAAAUUUUUUCACUGUUGUACUUGUCCUGUGUUCAUAAGCCAUUUUCUUGGAGUGCUUCUCUCUCUCUCUCUCUCCCCUCUCUCUCUCUCUCUCUCUCUCUCUCUCUCUCUCUCUCUCUCUCUCUCUCUCUCUCUCUCAUUUUGACCAUCUGUUCUUCUUCUUGACAUUUGCAUUUUGGCCAGAUCUUGAAACUGAUCUGUACUUGUUCUUCUUACUUUAAAUCGAUGCUAUGAUCCCAUCCCACCCACAAUGCUCACACUUUACCUUGUCCUGAUGAUUGUCCCCUCCUCUUCAGGUCUGUGUAAAUCACCCUCAGGGGGUUGUGUUGGUCAGAUUUAAGGAUAGGAAGGAUGCUCAAAAGUGCAUAGAAACAAUGAACGGACGAUGGUAAGUCUGUUAUCUGCAAAAUGCUCAAGUUCCUUAACAACAUGUUACAUAAGAAUAUACCCCGAGAACUGCUAAUGUCUGUUGUUGAAAUCGUGUCCAUUUCCGCUUGGUAUAUAUUUCACUUAGCAAACACAAGUUUUGAUCUGUUGUAAUUUAAUGCUAUAAACACUUCUUUUGCAGGUUUGGUGGUCGACAGGUACAUGCAAGCGAGGACGACGGAGUGGUUAAUCAUACGACAGUACGCGAUUAUGAUGCCGAUGCCCAACGGUUGGAGCAGUUCGGUGCGGAGCUUGAAGCCGACUGAAACGAUCGCAUCUCUAAAUCAUCGAUUGACGGCAUCUGACGCGAGAGAAGUUCCUCCUUAGGCAAUGCAGCAUGGCGUAAAUCGUUGGUGUUUUGUUGAGCUUAAUGAUGCAGACGUAUAUAGUUCGUAGCCUUACUUGAAUGUUGUCUUAGUUGUCAACGUGCUCACUUUAUGAAAAGUAUUCAGGGUUAUAGAUAGGCACACCUGCUGAUCAAUGGUUUGGCAUUGAAUCUAUCUUACAUAAUACAUAUCACCCGCACUGUCUUUUUGGCUGUACAUGAUAAUGUUUUGAAGGUCUUUCCUCUGGGUGUUAUAGACGUGUUUAGUUCUCUCUUUGCGUUAGUGGCCCCAAACUUCAGUUGACCUUAAUCUCGAAUGACCCGAAUCAAGUUCAGAUGAUCUUGGUGAACAAGUUCUAGACUACACGGUUCUUGUAAGUAUUUUGAAGAAUUACGACCCGAAUCAAGUUCGGAGGAUCUUGGUGAACAAGUUCGAGACUACAUAGUUAUUGGAAAUACUUGAAAAAAUUACGAGAGCAGGUUAGAUUACAGACUUACCGGCCAUCGUCAAGAAUUUAGUCUCAAAAUAGAAAAAAGGGCAUGAGUAAAAUACGAGAUUAUAU